AGUAUACGAAGGUCUAAAGCCAGUACUAAUGGUUGCCGAACCUGAGCUAAUAAAUCACAUAAUUGUUACCGAUUUUCACGUAUUUCGCGACCGAAUAUGGAAACCAAGCGAUCGGAAUACAGAUCGGAAUACAGUGGUCGACCUGAGCGUAGCGGCCGCUGAGGGCGACCACUGGAGACGUGUCCGGGCGGUCGUGAGUCCGGCCUUCACGGGCAGAAAAUUGUCGAAAAUGCAUGCAUUGAUCAACGAAUUGUCGAAUCGUAUGGUAAACGCGUUGGACGUUAUAGCCAAAAAUGAGGGCCAGUUUGACGCCAUAGACAUGUCUGAACGUUACGUAACGGAAGUGAUUGUAGCAUGUGGCUUUGGUGCCAAAAGUAGCGCGCUCACCGACCUCGACGAUCCGUACCUCGUGAACGCCCGCAAUAUAUUUUCCACGUCUAUGUUCCGGUUCCUUUGCGCUCAUUUAAUUCCCACAUUUUUACGCCCUUUUCUUAAUAUAAAGUCAUUGACCACUGAUAGAGAAACCGAUUAUUUUGUGAAUAUAUUGCGACAAAUAUUGACAUUAAGACUAAAUUCGGACAAAAAAUUCGCUGAUUUUAUAGGUUUACUCAUUACUGCUCGAAAGGAAAGGGAUGUUACACUGGUUGACAAUGACAGCCAAAUUCAUUAUAUAAACUCAGGCGGAGAGGAGCCGUCACUUAGUAGACAGUCGUCUGUGAAUAUAAAAGCAGUUAAUCAGUGGCUAUCGGACGAGGAGAUCGUCGCCCAGGGAUUUAUGUUUGUCGGCGCCGGGUUUGGGACGACCUCUUCGACGCUCGCAUUCAUGGCCUAUGAGUUGGCUCUCAAUCCGUCGGUUCAACAGAAACUCUACGACGAGAUAAACGGUGCCAUCGAUUCGGACGGAGAGAUACCGUACGACGUGUUGACACGACUUCCCUAUUUGGAUGCCGUCCUAUCCGAGACACUUAGGCUUCACACGCCGGCCCCCAAACUGACCCGAAUAGCCACUCGAGAAUACAAAAUAGGCGACACCGGGAUUACGAUACCAAAGGGCAUGACAGUGGAAGUGCCUGUAUAUGCCAUACACCGGUCGCCUAAGUACUACCCCAAUCCCGAUCAAUUUGAGCCGGAUAGAUUUUUGCAAGAAAACAGGCACAACCUAAUUCCCUAUACAUACCUACCUUUUGGCGGAGGCCCACGAUUUUGCGUCGGAAAGCGCUUUGUAUUACUAGCGGUAAAAGUGGCCAUGGUCAUGAUUAUUAGAAAGUAUCGUCUGUUUCGUACCGACAAUACUGUCUCGCCAUUAAUCUUGCAAAAGUAUUAUAGAAAUAAAAUGGUCAAGUCCAUUUGGUUGGGUAUUGAACGUAGAUAC